CGUGACAGAGCGCAUGGUGACGUAAGGUCAGCUGACAGCAGAGGAAGAAGCACUUCAGGUUCGACCUUCGUUGCUUCGCCGUGUUUCUCCGACUCCUCAGAUCCAGCUCCCGGUUCGUUCUCUCGGCAUGGCGAGUCAGUCCCAGGGGAUCCAGCAGCUGCUGCAGGCGGAGAAAAGAGCCGCCGAGAAGGUGGCUGAAGCCCGCAAGCGUAAGAACCGGCGCCUGAAGCAGGCCAAGGAGGAGGCGCAGGCAGAGAUCGAACAGUACCGCCUGCAGAGGGAGAAGGAGUUCAAGACCAAGGAGGCAGCAGCUCUUGGUUCCCAUGGUAACAGUGCAGUGGAAGUGGACCGUGACACAGCUGAGAAAAUGGCUCGUAUCCAGGAGAGUUACCGUGGUAACCGUGAGAUUGUGCUGAAUGAGUUGCUGCGUCACGUCUGCGACAUCAAGCCGGAGUUUCAUUCCAACUACCGUGUGGCGGGCUGAAGGGGGCGGGGCCGACAUCUGGCUCCUGCCCCUCCUCCUCUUCUGUUUGUGUCGAUGUGUAAAAAGUAUUUAUGCUUCAAAGGAAAUCUGUCUGUAAAUUCUGUCUGAAAUAUCUGUGAGUACUGCGGAACGGCCCCUCGUGUAAUUCACGUGAAUCCUGAAACACAGAAAUGCUUUAGAUCCACUUGUUUGUGAUCUUGUGACUUCCUGUUUGUAGAGAAAUGACAUUAAAGUGAACUGUGAUUGGCUCAAA